AUGGUAACACAGGUGAUGUUUCAGCCACCUGUGAGCUUCAAGGAUGUGGCUGUGACCUUCACGCAGGAGGAGUGGGGACAGCUGGAUCUGGCCCAGAGGAGACUGUACCGCAACGUGACUCUGGAGACCUGCAGCCACCUGGUCUCUCUGGGAAAGAAGCCACAUGCAUGCAGUCAGUGUGGGAAAUCUUUCAGCUGUGCCUCUAAGCUUGUUGUACACCAGAGAACACACACUGGAGAAAAGCCCUAUGAAUGUACUCAGUGUGGGAAGUCUUUCAGCCAGAGCUAUGACCUCGUCGUACACCAGAGAACCCACACUGGAGAAAAGCCCUAUGAAUGUAACCAGUGUGGGAAAUCCUUCACCCAGAGUUCCAAACUUACUAGGCAUCAGCGAACUCAUACUGGAGAAAAACCAUAUAAAUGUCAUGAAUGUGGAAAAUCUUUCGGGUGGAACUCUAACCUUAUUGUACAUCAAAGAAUUCAUACUGGAGAGAAACCUUAUGAGUGUCCUCAUUGUGGAAAGUCCUUCAGCCAGAGCUCUGACUUUGUUUCACAUAAAAGGACUCACACUGGAGAGAAACCCUAUAAAUGUAACCAGUGUGGAAAGUCCUUCAUUCGAAGCACUCAACUUAUUAGGCAUCUGCGAAUUCACACUGGAGAGAAGCCAUAUAAAUGCAAUCAGUGUGAUAAAGCUUUCACUGGGAGCUCUCACCUUAUUGAGCAUCAGAGAACUCAUACUGGAGAGAAACCUUUUGAAUGUAAUCAGUGUGGGAAAGCCUUUACUGGGAGCUCUCACCUUCUUUCACAUCAGAGAAUUCAUUCUGGAGAGAAACCAUAUGAAUGUAAUAACUGCGGGAAAUCUUUUCGGCAGCGAUCACAGCUUGUUGUGCAUCAGCGAACCCAUACUGGAGAGAAACCUUAUGAGUGCAGUCACUGUGGAAAAGCUUUCAGCCAGAGGUCACGCCUUAUUGAACAUCAGAGAACACAUACUGGAGAAAAGCCCUAUGAAUGUAUUGACUGUGGAAAAGCCUUUAAUGAUCGGUCAACGCUUACAAAACACGAGAGAACACACACUGGCGAGAAACCUUAUGAAUGUAAUCAUUGUGAAAAGGCCUUUAGUCAGCGAUCUCAGCUUACUAGGCAUCGGAGAAUUCAUACUGGAGAAAAACCCUAUGAAUGUAAUGAAUGUGGGAAGGUUUUCAGUUAUAAUACAUCCCUUAUUCAACAUGAAAAAACUCAUGGGAGAAAAAAAACGAUGUCAGACUUUUCUCCCGUGCGCGCCCCCCUUCCCCCCCGGGCACGGAGACGCCCAGUUGCCCAGCACCCCGGCGUGCGCCGCCGCCCAGAGUCACCGCCCGCUGCCACCCGCCGGGCACCCGCCCGCCACCGCCUCGCCGGGGUCUGUGCCAGGAGCACCCCCAGUGGCCGGAGGCCCAACGGACGGACGGUCCCAUUGACCUGA